GCUCUCUUACCCAACCAAGACAAUAGCUAGCUUUGAUGUCUAUUGAGGCUGUCGUUCCUUUAUGGAGCACGGUCGGUCACAUAAUGUAGCGCGCAGCCUUUCUAGUUUUGAUAUCCGGCGCGUUUAUGGCUUCCGCAGAGGAGGAGAGCGCAGCUGCUCGGGAUUUGAUGUGGCAUUGCAUCGGCCCGGUUUCCGAUCUCUCCGGUCGGCAAUGCCGCUUGAUUUAUUCUUCUCUCGGUUACCAUUCAGAUGUGUGUCUGUUUCAUGUCAAGGGGGAGUUCUUUGCUCUGGAUGCGCGAUGUUCUCAUUCGGGGGGACCCCUGUGUGAUGGAGACAUUGAGGAAGCAGAUGGCGUCCUUAAGGUGUUCUGUCCAUGGCACGACUAUGACUUUAAUAUCAAAACAGGAGGGUCAAGCACUGGGCUGCAGCAACGGGUCCAUGAGGUCAAGGUGGAGAGUGGAAGCGUCUUCGUGAGACACACCGACCUCCUGUCUCUGAAGCCCUUCCCCACGGAGCAGCCGAAGAAGGAGCAGAAGCAGCAGCCAGGGUUGCCAGAUGAGGCUUGAUGACUUCCAGCCCAAAAAAUGCUCAAAACCCGCCUAGAAGCACAAAAUCCCGCCCAAUUCUAUUGAUUUCUAUGGCAGAAAUUGGGCGGGUUUUUCUGCUAAAUGCCAUUUUUUACCGGCACAAGGCCAUCCUAAGCACACUGGCGGGCAGCAGCAGAGCUGACUUGAAUUACAGCUCCAGUCAUGUCACGAACGCCCGGCACCGGCCCGGCGCUGUCCGUCCGUCUGCGCCACAGCGGAAUCCCCCGUGACCGUGAUUCUGCGUAGGAUUUACGGCGGGUGACAUGGUGGUGGUUGCUGGAGAGACAGACAGGCCGUAUCGUGUCCUCUGAACAGUGUUGCCAGGUUGGGCAGUUACCCCCCCACCCCCACCCCCCCCAAUUGGGCUACUCGGGAUGGCCGUCUGUGGGUAAAAAUUGUUUUUUUGUUUUUUUUGUUGUUUUUUCCUGCAACUUUGUGCACAUAGAAAUCAAUGCAAUUUGUUGAAAUUGGGCGGAAUUUAUAACACAUUUUGGCGUUUUUUGAGAACCUUUUGGGUGGGGUUUGAUCAGACACAUCUGACAACACUGCCUCUGAAGGCCAUACUGCUCUUCUUCUCAUGUCUGUCUCUGGCAUCGCCAGCCAGACGGCUAUCUGGUGAACAUCAGUGCAGCUAGUGAUGAUGGUGAUGGUACACACAGACACUCUGGUGUCUCCUUCUAUGUCACGCUCAGUGGAGCAGCGCUACUCUGGGAUGAAGCCAAGCUUGUUAUUAUGAAGAAGAAGGAAGACAGUAAAAUGAAAUUGCACAAGUUUGAAGUUGAAGGGAUUUACCACAUGUGCUGUAUUUCACAUGACCUUCCCCUGAUUUUUAAAGACACUGAAAGUUAUAGUUGGUGAUUUUUAUUUUGAAUAGCUUUUUAUAUAUACUGUCUAGUUUCUUAUUUCACUUUGAUUCACGUUGUUGAUGUUUAUUAUCCACAGAGAACCUCACCUUGUCGAUGAGUCUCUACAGCUAUGGACAAUUAAGAAAAUGGUCUACUUUUAUUUUUAUGCUGUAUAAUUUAUUUAUGUACCGGUCAUUUAUAUUUUUCUGCACAUAUGGAGUUACUGUCAUUUCACUGCACGCUAGCCUAAGGCUAGGGUUGUUUGUGACAAAUAACAGUGACAAAUAAAGUACUCUUACUCUUACUUACUCGUAAUCUAUUAGUAGAUGUAUGAGAAUAUGCUAUGCUAAUCAGCCAAGUAUGCUACUGAACACUACAUGGAAAUAUAGCAAAGUGAUCACGUCAUGUCCUGAACCCAACUUGCCUUUCACUGAAAUAAUAAAUCCU